AUGGUAAAGUCCUCGUCUCUCUUCGUCGCCGUUGUUAUCUUCUUCCUCGCCUCCGCAUCGGUCGCCUCCGCCUCGCAGCCGUCGGUGUACCACGUGACGGACUACGGCGCUAGGGCGGACCCCAAAACAGACUCUACGAGCGCGUUAUCCGAUGCAUGGAGGAAAGCAUGCAGCGACCCGCGCCCGUCCGUCGUCUACGUGCCGCACGGAAGAUUUCACGUCCGAAACCUAGGGUUCGAAGGGCCGUGUAGGAGCAAGGACAUCUUGGUGCGCAUAGACGGAACCCUCGUGGCUCCGUCCGACUAUUCCGUCAUCGGGAACGCCAAGAACUGGAUUCUGUUUCACGACGUUGAUGGCGUUAGGAUCUCCGGCGGGAUACUUGACGGACAAGGAACCGGACUUUGGUCUUGCAAGCUCGACGGCCGGAAAGACUGCCCCACCGGCGCCAUGGUAAGUUUUGCUUCUUUCCCACUACUACUCAUUAGGUCAUUAUACUUCAUGCAGAAUUUGCACAUCGCCAACUCAAAGAACGUGGAAAUCGACGGUUUAACCUCCGUGAACAGCCAGAAGUUCCACAUCGCCGUCACUGGCAGCCAAAACGUGAACCUCCGCGACAUCACCGUCACGGCCUCGGGAACCAGCCCCAACACAGACGGCAUCCACAUCGAGAAGUCCACCCUCGUCUCCGUCCUCAACUCCACCAUCUCCACGGGCGACGACUGCAUCUCCAUGGGCCCGGGGGCCCGCAACGUCUGGAUCGAGCGCGUGGCUUGUGGGCCGGGCCACGGCAUCAGCAUCGGGAGCUUGGGCUGGAAGUUACAGGAGCCCGGUGUCCAGAACGUCACCGUCAAGAGAGUCCACUUCACAGAGACGACUAACGGCCUCCGGAUCAAGACGUGGGCCCGCCGCAGCUUGGGCUUCGUGAGGAACGUCCUUUUCCAUCACGUCGUCUUUGACGGCGUCAAGAACCCAAUCCUCAUCGACCAGAACUACUGCCCCGGAGGCCGUAACUGUCCCCGUCAAGCCUCCGGGAUCAAGGUCAGUGACAUCAGGUACAAGAGCAUACGUGGCACGUCGCAGAGCAAGGUCGCCGUGAGGUUCGAGUGCAGCAAGGCAAACCCCUGCGCUGGGAUUACGAUGCAUGACGUGAAGCUUACUUACGUCGGCGGUGGCCGUGGUGAGGAGGCGACGGCCACGUGUGCGAAUGCCAGGGGUACUUCGUCGGGUUUUGUUAUGCCGGUAGUCCGGUAUUUGUAG